UAUCCGAUUUCAUCGCAGGAAAAUGCAGAAGACUUCCCUGAUCUUUGUGGCGGCUGCCUUGGCCGCUCUACUGACCCCCAUCGUAGAGGCAAAUUCGGAGGGACAUGGAGAGGUUAUAUACCCUUCCCGUUGCAACGCAUUCCUGCACUUCCGGUCCAUCGAUGGCACCUGCAACAACCUGCGGAACCCGACCUGGGGCGCCGCUUACGAGCCCUACCGACGCCUGGCAGGUCACAACUAUGGUGACGGCAUCUCGAGCCUGCCCACCGCCAGCGACGGCGCCGAGCUGCCCACCGCCCGCCUCGUCAGCCUCGCCGUCGGUAGUCUGCCCAACUCUUCGCCCGCCUCCCGCUCGUUCCUGCACGUGCUCUUCGGCUUCUUCCUGGCCCUCGACGUCACCGCCACGCCCUUGCUUGCAGACGCUGACGGGCAACCCACCUCGUGCUGCCCGAAGUUCUCGAACGCCCACAGGGGUCAGACCCACCCCGACUGCGCCAGCGUCAUUCUCUCCGCCACGGGCCCCUCCUUCAGCGAACUCGAGCAGCGAUGCAUGGAGUUCCUGCGCUCUGCCCCUGCGGCGAAAUGCGAGUCCGGUGGGUCGAAAGACACACUAACACAAUUUACACGAAAUAACUGCGCUCCCUGGCGCGUCCUCCCCAGGCCCGAGGGAUCAGUGAACGCGGCCACCGCCUACCUUGAUGCCUCCAUGGUCUACGGCUCCGCCCGGCGCACUCGCUCCACCGACGACGGCCACGUCACUGACGAAAAUGUGUUCAACAGAUAUCAGUUCCUGUACGCACCGGACGUGUGGCCCCUGGUCAACAUGUUCUACCGCAUGGUCACUCGCUACCACAACAACGUAGCGGAUCGCCUCAAGGAAAUCAACGUGGACUGGGAUGGCGAGAGGCUUUUCCAGGAAACCCGCAGGAUCGUGGUCGCCCAACUACAGCAUGUCGUUUACAACGAAUAUCUUCCUAAAAUCCUCGGACCAGAUGCGAUGAACAAAUACGAACUGACACCUCUCACCGGGUCGGAACGGAGAGAGGACUACGACGCUAGCGAGAAUGCUGCGACUAGUUCCGAAUUCGAAACUGCGGCCCUCCGCUUCAGCCAGAGCCAGAGGCCGGAAAGCAUCGAGUUUGCCAACGGAGAGGUUACAGAAGUCGAACUGUCCUCCCCCACGCUGGCCGAGUCCCUUGAGCACACGCCUUCCCAAGUGCUCCGCGCCGUCAGUCGGCAGGCGGCCAGUAAAGUGGUCUUUGCAAAGGAGCUGUAUUUCGGAAUCGACUUGCUGGCUCGGAGCAUCCAGCGCGGGCGCGACCAUGGCUUGGGAGGAUACGCGGCAGUGAGGGCGGCCAGAGACAACACCGAGAUUAACACUUUCGACGACUUGACCGAGAGUUUGGGCCAAGACGUCAGUAACAACCUGAAGACCGUGUACAACGACGUAAGGGAUAUCGACCUGUUGAUCGGUGGAGCUUUUGAGCAACCAGUCCCCGAUGGAGUGCUGGGACCCACCUUCACUUCCGUUCUGGCUGAACAAUUUUCCAGAAUUCUCAAGGCAGAUAGGUACUGGUACGAGACUAACAUCAAAGAAACCCGGUUCAAGGAUGAUCAACUGGAAGCGUUGCACAGCACAACUCUUGCGGCCAUCAUGUGUGACGCCUUUCCAGAACUGGAGGAGAUUCAGGAGCGUCCCUUCGAGGUGGUUUCGGCAGAGAACAAGCUGGUGCCUUGUAAUGGUGUACCCCCUGUGGGACUCGAGGCCUGGAAACCUUGAGCGAAAGUAGCGCCUCAAAAGGAGGACGCUCUUGGAGGGGUCUCACCUGUAUCUCAGUGAAACAGAG